CUCUCACACGGCGCGCGCUCACACACCCACAAACACACAAGAAAAACACGCUCGCUCCCUCGCGCGCGCGCAUACGCACUCCCCGCGCGUCGCAAGAGGUCCCGCCGGCUGAAGGCGCCCCGAGACGGAAGAAGCGAGCCGAGCGGCUCCUCACGGACAAGUUCGCGGCUCCUCUCGGCGGGCAGCGCCACUCCGGUGUCCCCGCAGGAAGAUUUUUUUCGUGGUAUAUUUUGUCAUUAUGAGAUGUUGUCUCUCGGAGCUUCAUUUGUGCAAAUUAAAUUUGAUGACUUGCAGUUCUUUGAAAACUGUGGCGGAGGGAGUUUUGGCAGUGUAUACCGAGCCAGAUGGAUCUCUCAGGACAAGGAGGUGGCUGUGAAGAAGCUGCUUAAAAUAGAAAAGGAGGCAGAAAUACUCAGUGUGCUCAGCCACAGAAACAUCAUUCAGUUUUAUGGAGCUGUUAUUGAACCCCCCAACUAUGGCAUUGUUACAGAAUAUGCAUCUGCUGGAUCACUGUAUGACUACAUUAAUAGCAACAGAAGUGAAGAAAUGGAUAUGGAUCAUAUUAUGACUUGGGCAACUGAUAUAGCUAAAGGAAUGCACUAUUUGCACAUGGAGGCUCCAGUGAAAGUAAUCCACAGGGAUCUGAAGUCCCGAAACGUGGUUAUAGCUGGUGAUGGAGUAUUAAAGAUUUGUGACUUUGGUGCUUCAAGGUUCCACUCACAUACAACACACAUGUCUCUAGUUGGUACCUUUCCUUGGAUGGCUCCAGAGGUUAUCCAGAGUCUCCCCGUAUCAGAAACAUGUGACACAUAUUCAUAUGGUGUGGUUCUCUGGGAGAUGCUAACAAGGGAGGUCCCCUUUAAAGGCUUGGAAGGAUUACAAGUAGCUUGGCUUGUCGUAGAAAAAAACGAGCGUAUGACACUCUUUACGACCUGUCCCAAGAGCCUAGCCUUGAUCCUGUUACAGUGCAACCCUAAACAUAAAAGACCCUGUUUCAAGCAGAUCAUUUCCAUCUUGGACUCCAUGUCAAAUGAUAGCAACCUUCCAGACCAAUGCAACUCAUUCCUGCAUAACAAGGCAGAGUGGCGAUGUGAAAUAGAGGCCACCUUAGACAGGCUAAAGAAACUGGAACGCGAUCUGAGCUUUAAGGAGCAGGAGUUGAAGGAACGGGAGAAACGCUUGAAGAUGUGGGAGCAGAAGCUGACUGAACAGUCCAAUACACCUUUGCUGCCUUCCUUUGAUAUCUGUGCAUGGACUGAAGAAGAUGUGUACUUUUGGAUGGACCAGCUUGUUAGGAAAGAUGACGCAUCUGGUGAGAUGAGCAUAUAUUCCAGCUUGUUUAAAGAACAUCACAUCACAGGGAAACGAUUACUUCUUCUGGAAGAAGAGGACUUGAAGGACAUGGGAAUUGUUUCCAAAGGACACAUCAUUCAUUUGAAGACCGCCAUUGAGAAACUAAGUCAAGAUUACAUCACUAUGUUUCAUUUUCCUCCUCUGAUGAAGGAUUCUGCCAGUGAAAAUGAGGCAAGUGAAGAAAAAGUAGUAAACCUUGAACUUGUUUUUGGCUAUCAUUUCAAGCCUGGAACUGGACCUCAGGACUGUAAAUGGAAAAUGUAUAUGGAGAUGGAUGGGGAAGAGAUUGCGAUAACCUACAUAAAAGAUGUGACUUUUAACACACACCUACCUGAUGCAGAGAUUUUAAAGAUGGCAAAGCCACCAUUUGUGAUGGAGAAAUGGAUUGUGGGAAUAGAAAAAGAUCAAACUGUGGAAUGUAUAGUGACUUACGAGAGCGAUGUCAGAUCCCCCAAAUCCACCAAACAUAUCCAGCCGAUUCAGUGGAGUAAAGUGAAACUUCAGGAUGUGGUGAUGUCCGUACAGCUCCAUAUACAGACUCUGCUCCUGAACUCGGAAAGCAACCAGUUGAGCAGCUCCAAUUCCAGUGUCGACUGUCAGUGGAUUAACGCUGUGAAAUUGCGGCACGUGUCCAGCAGCCCUUCCCUGCAACGUCCCCGGCCCCGCAGUCCCAACUUGCUGCCGUACCUCCAGCACCAGGACACCUACGCUGCUGCUGUGAGACGCAACAAGGUCCCCAUAAGCUACCAGAUCACCCCCCUCAACCAGUCGAGGAGCUCCUCUCCGACAAUGUACCUCUCAUCUUUGCAUUUGAAUUCCAAGGGAAGCAGCACCUCCAGUGCUGCUUCUGACAGCCCCUCCGAAGGAGACCAGUCCAAAGCGAGGAGCCGGAGCAGUUCUCACGGCAGCAUUCCUCACCGCUGGCCCGCCCCUGGAAGGCGGUUUCCCAGGAGCCAGGGAGGGGCUCAGGCAGCAGCGAGGAACACUGAGAAAUUCCACAGGACUUCCCAGCCAGCAUUCGGCCAGAACCAGCACCUGUCCAGGUCACAUGAUAGAAAGCAAGGCCAUUUCCCGCAGCAGCCCAGGUUGAUACCGGGGAUGCCUGUGAAAACUGAAAGUACACCCAAAAGAGAAGGAGAAGAAAGCAGGGCUGGAGAAGGCGGGUGGAUAAGAGUCGAUCAUUCCAAGAAAUCUCAUCGGCAAAGUGUUGACAAACGAACUAAAGAGAAGUCGAGAGGAAGCGGAGCAUUCCAGAGAUCAUCCCAUUGAUGCCUUGCCUUUUGAGAAAUAGGCUUUUUUUUUUAUUGAACAGAACAUUGAGUCUCAGUGGGGAAAUCUUAAGAUAUUUGACAUUAAUAUCUGGCCUAUGAUGGGAAUCUUGUUGAAACAUAAAGGCACUACCCCUGAUGGAUUCUGUACUGCAUUUCCACACCGAGUGCAGCACGGGCCUUCCGGCACUGGAGCCUCCGUUUCUGGUGAAUUUCAGCAUGCCACAGGUUCUCGUUCCUUGUUUUGUCUGGCUCUGUUUCUGUGGCCAUAGCUCCGUGGCAGAGCCCCUGCUUGGCAUGUAGAAGUUCCCGGAUUCAAUCCUUGGCAUCUCCAGGUGCGGCUGGGAAAGAAUCCUGGAGAGCCACUGCCAGUCAGGGCUGGCAAUACUGGACUCAGUCCUAGGCCUAGAUACUCAAUACUGUGGACCUGCUCCUAGAUCCAUAAGCGUUAAAAAAGAAAUCACUGCGCAUUAUGGUUUCAGAUCCAGGACUGACACACUCCCACGCAAAGCUGAAACCUGCGUGUGGCAUCUGGAAAACGGGACCGGAAAGGUUAUCCUUUCUUACUAUGCAGCUCUUGUAUCCCAUCCAUCUAAGUGAUGUGGAACAUAAAGCUCUCUUUCAGAACAUAGCCAUAGAUAUUUUAAUCAGAAUUAUUCUUAAGAUCAGUAUCAUAGUUCUACAGAGAUUGAAGAAAAUAAUAGUAAGAAAAUAAUCCUUGAUGGCUUUUAUUUUUUUAUGACUAUUUAUUAACGUAUGACACACUUUCUGUUCACUGUAUUAUUAUGUUGCUAUGUGCCAUCAAUUUGUCUCUGACUUACGGUGACCCUGUGAAUGAAACCUCUCCAAAUGUCCUCUCUAUGACUUCCCUGUUUGGCUGUUCUAAGCACAAUACAGUACAACUCAUUGUAUUUGUAUUGCACUCAAUUGUUUAUGUUUUUUAGAUAAUAAAGAAAAACUAUUGUACUCAGA